GCUGUUUGCCAUUACUGGUCAACGCUCACCGGGACGGUCAGUCUGGGAUCGAUUUCGUCUUCGACGACGAAGGCAGCUUUCCUACACUGCCGUUUCUUCAUGUUUUCAAUGCGUUCGUCCUCGUGUUCGGGCUUGAAGGCGCCGUGUCUCCUACGGAAUCUGCACUCGAAGCGCUCCACUUUCUGUCGAGUAGCCCGACAAAUUUCCUGCGCGUCGGUGUCUCGCAAGAGCUGGCGGCAUCUCCGACAGCCACAGUCGGAGAAUUCUUGCUUGAGUGCGUCUCCGCAAGCUUCGACUACGUCCUCAAAGAAGUCUGCCUCUUCUCCCCGCAUAGCUUAAGGCCCUUCACUCCAAAAAGCACAACGACAAGAUUGUUGAAACAUUAUUUGGAAGCAUGAGGUCUAGUUCUGCAAUUAUGUAUGGUCUGAAAAGCUCUAAACAAAAAUGUGAACCGCUUGGUUUGUCAGGCGAUGUGGCGCACGCUCUGCAUCUGUCUUGAUACGGCGGCGAUCAACGGCGAAAUUUUUCUCGAAUUGUGCAAUAACGACUGUCGUUUUCCAGUUGCGAUCGCGCGCAUGGUUGUAAGACUGGAACCUUGCAUAGCUCGUCCACUCUCGGAAUUGUGGAUCGCUAAGUACAACCUAAGAGCAGCAGAUGCCGUGGCUCUGAAAGUUAGGGAUUCAAUUUCAGAAAGUGAAGCUUGAAUUUGUCCUACUCCUAUUGAUUUGCUUCUGGUCGUUGUAAAGAAGCUUUAUUGAUAAAUGGAGAAGGAGGUAGGUGAACGAGACCACAAAGGGUUUCGAUGUGUCUUCUCUAACACACCAAAGACACGCGCAGCUGACGAGACGGGCGCUCUGCAUGACCUGUUUGAGUUCAAGCGGCGCCUAGCAAUGGCGUUUGUCGAUGAAGAGAUGCUUGACAAGAUGCUUCGUUGCGCAGAGACCCUUUUCGAAGAAGCUUUUGUAGGAGAGUCGGACGACGAAUUGGUCGGAGGGGGUGCAAAUUCUUUAGGCUUCAUGAACCUCGAAGAGCUUGGGAGUGGCGCUGCAGCAUCAAAGGCGAUGCUCACUGUACGGCAUAAAGAGUGAUGAAGAUGCAAUGUUUUCAGCAUAACAACAUUAACUACUCAAUCCGCUUGAGAAUGCAGCUAAACCCUGCGGAUGGCGGAUCACAUCCUAAUCCCAAUCCUAAGUACAAAAUGGAGGUAAAGAACAAAAAGUAAAUACGGUACGUCUUCUAACGAUUGCGCGACGAACUGAGGAGUUUCGAGUUCUGCUCUCAUGCCUUUGCCGUUGCAUCUCCGAGAUGGGAGGGAUUUUGACGGAUCCGCGCUAUGUCGUGUGGGCUACGAGCAAACACCGCAAGUUUUUUGAGCGGCUAAAGCGACAUCUGAUUUUGCAGGGCGGGUCUAUCGCAGACUUCGCACAUGAAAAGCUCUAUUGUUCGGAAAAAAUCUCCGCAUGGGACUCUGUUUUCACGGAAACGCUGGACGCUUUGCUCGCAUUGAAACUCCUGCAUCCGGAAACGGUGAUGACUGGCAGUCUCAUCCAAGAGCCAGGCGGCCAGGGGGCUGGCGACGAAGCCGCGGACCUGUUGCUUGGAGGUCUAGGGCUUGGCUACGCCGCUUCUGGCCCGGCCUUCUCCGUGUCUGGACGGACCUGGCCGCGCGC